AUGCGCGGCCCGGUGCUGCCCUGCAGCUCGCUGGGGACGGUUAUCCUAACAUUUGUCUGCGUGUUGACAAAGGAAUCUGUAGAAAUUGCUCCAGUGCCAUAUACACUGCAAGUCCAUCGGGUAGCUUUGGAUGGAAGAGACCCCUCUAACCCCUUGAGGAGAGAAAAGAGGCAGGUGCAGUGUCAACUAGGACAAUACCUACAUCCCAGAGAGACCCACUGCUGCAUGAGGUGCCAUGCAGGUACCUACAAGGCAAAAGACUGUGAUCGGCCUGACCAGGCACCUGUCUGUCUUCCAUGUGCUAAUGGCACAUUCACAGCUGUUGAUAACACCAUGUCUAAAUGCUUCCAGUGUACACGGUGCCGUACAGAAUUCCAGCAGAUAGUAGAGACUCCCUGCACCCCAAAGCAAGAUACCGUAUGCGGCUGUCGGAAGCAUCAGUAUCAGAUUGGCCUGUCCGAUCUCUUCCAGUGUAGGAACUGCAGCUCGUGUGUCAAUGGGAUUAUUGCCAACUGCUCAAAGAACAGAGACACAAUUUGCAGGUGUAAGCCUCGAUUCUUCCUGACGCUUAGUAACGUUUGCAAGCCUUGCAACAGCUGCAUUGGAGAAGAAUGCUUGCAGUGUCAUAGUCCACUUACUACCUCACCGACUUCGUCUGGGCUGAGUGGGAGCCUUGUCCUUGGCAUCAUCGUUGCAAUAUUUGGAGUUAUCUCUGUCCUCUACAUUGUGAAUAAAGUAGUGAAGCUGGUCCAGGAAAAUGGGAUAGCAUCAUCUUUCUACUCCUGUGUUUCUUUGCCACAGACAACCAAGGAGCCAGUAUCUGAGGUUGAAGUAAAAAGAAGUGAAAUUUCCAUCCUUCUUCCGGAGUCCCAGAAGGAAACAGAAUUGUCACUGAAUGCAACACCACCACCUGCACCUCUGCUGCAAAGUUCACAUGAGUUACCAGACUGUGUCAGACCUGCCAGGAAGACACAGCUUCCAGACAACCCUGCUAUUCUCUACACUGUGGUGGAUCAUGUACCGCCAUCUCGGUGGAAAGAGUUUGUGAGGCGUCUGGGUCUGAGUGACUAUGAUCUAGAGCGAAUUGAGAUGGAGCAUCGGCGUUUACGAGAUGCCCAAUAUGAAAUGCUUAGACUGUGGAAACUGCAGAUGGGCCAUGCUGCAACUGUGGAGCACAUCAGCUGUGUUCUCAACCAGAUGGAGCUCAGUGGCUGCAGUGAAGCUAUUCAAGAGGCUUUGCUAAACCAGAACUCUCUGCAACCUUGCAGCCUCCACAGCCAUCUUUAAUCUAUCUCUGCUUUAGUUGCCCUUGCUAUGACUGUUAAGAGAGGAUCAUAACUCCCUUCCUUUCCUAUCUUCCUUUUCCCAUACCUCCCUAUCUUUCUAACACUCCUUAACUGGGUUUGUUGGAGACAGCAGCAGAUGAUGCUGGAGGAAGGCCGAGGUUUGCUUCUCAACCACCAUGUAGUUCAGCAUCUUUAAACCAAGACAGGCCUCUGCAACAAUUCCUUUCCCAAGGAGGGAAAGCACCUCAUAAAGGAAGUGGUGUGUGGACUCUGACCAAGGUGAAAACAGGAGCUCAGAGUGACUUGAUAGACCAGCUACUCUAUGGACAAGUUGUUGCUGAAAGAGGUGCUCCACCCACCAUGUGGUGGGUAAACUUGUAGGGUGACUCGGUUAAGCUGGCUGUUCAGAUGGUAAAGUACUCACUUUUUGCAGAUCUGUUCUUCUGCGAGAUCAGACAGUUCAACUGGCUCACAUUGCAGCCCUUUGAUUGCUAAAUCUGACUCAAGGGAAGUGGUGGGAGGACGUGCCUAUUUCUGGGAGCAGGAGAGGAUUGCCCCCUUUCGGUAUCAACUAGUUAUCGCUGUGGCAAAAGAGUCAAGGAGAUUCAGAAGUGGUGGCUCUGAGAAACGGGAGGAUGUUAUCCUUUCCACACCCCCAUUUCCAUCAGGUUCAAGAGGAAUAAGGAUUCCAAGCCAGUGAGUCAGAUGAGAGGGUUGGUGCUUUUUUCUCAAUUUUUUUUUCUGUACCUAGAAACCAUGUAAGAUAGCAUUAACAAAACAGCUGCCUGUGUGUUUGUCCAAGUGUAGAGGGGAAAGGAGUGCGUGUGUCUGUCUGGGUGAGAAGGUACCUAUGUACCUAGUAGCGUGUGCGCUUCUGCAAAUCUGUGCUUGCAUACAGGUCGGUAGGCUUGUGUCUACCUGCUUAUCUAUCUGAACGAUUCGCUGAAUCUGAUCUAACUGCAAAUGGGACUGUGUAUGUGUACAUAUAUAUAUAUAUAUUUUUUUUAGCACUGUUGAAUAACUUCACACUACUUCCUGAAGUGCAUUCUGUGAUUGCUACUUGGGUGUAAGAGACAUUCGGUACCAUCUCCAGGCUCUCGCCAUCGCUUUCUCGGGGGUAUGACCCCAGGUGAAGCAGAAGUAGCAAAAAUCAAUUAGCCUGCAUCAGGUGCAGGUUGUCCACACACUUCUAACGUGGAUUUUUUUUUUUUUUAGUCUCUUGUCCUUUGACCAGAGAGAAACUUUCUAUUGUAAAUACACUAAAUGC